GUACAGAAAAGCAUUGGAAGACAGAAUUGAAGCUUUAAAUCAUGAGAUACCAGCCGAAAUGUAUGUGAAAAUUGUACUAAGCGGAUGGGCCAUUUGAGGCGCACUUACGGUCAACAUUUGCAUGAAAUAUUCUUCAAACAUUAAAUUAUAUGGGUCGAACUAUCAAUUCAAAUAACGAUGCCAUGCAUUUUUCUGAAUGUAUUGUUAUUUUUGAAAUACCUUCUCAUAGCAGGUCUCACACAAAGUCAAAAACUGCAAAAUUAAACAUGGGAGCCCCCAUGCCCAUCGGCAAUGCUGUGCAAAAAAAAUUUGCAUAAAAUUUCCAUCCAUUGAAGGUCCGACAUGCCGUCAAUUUAUAUAAUUCUAUUCAAAAGUGUUUUAUCAAAUUUCCAUUCGUUUGAAACCAACCGACCUGCAGAUAUCAAGCAAAACGCAAAAAAAAACGAACAACAAAUGCAAAAUGCCCUCGGGAGAGACUUGCAAAAAAUCAGCUAUAGCUCUCAAACCUCUUACCUAUCGUAAGCAGAUUUUCUCAACCAUACCAAGAUGGCUAGAAGGCAAACGCCAAGAUGAUGAAGCCGAAGAUCUAUGGCGCAUUUAUGACAAUUUAUAUGAUCUCCAUGGGUUUAUCAACCAUCAUCCAGGUGGUAAAUUUUGGUUGCAACAAACCAAGGGAAUGGACAUAACCGAAGCCUUCGAAACGCAUCACAUUAGGGCAGUGCCUCAGGCCCUGUUGGAUAAGUAUUUCGUGCGUAAAGCUUCAAAGCCAAGAAACUAUAUUUUGACAUUGGAGGAAAAUGGAUUUUAUCGUACGCUUAAGAGGCGUGUUGGGGCACAGCUAGAUGAGAUGGACUAUAGCCCCCGGCGAAGGACGUAUCUCUACCACUUGGCCCUUCUCGCUGCCAGUGUGAUAUUAUCUCUAAUUUCAACACGCCUGGACAGUAUGCUAGUGGAGGCAUUAACUGGCCUACUUAUAGUUUGGCAAGCCGUGGCAGCUCACAAUUAUUUCCAUCAACGUGACAACUGGCAAAUGUAUAGCUUCAAUUUGACCCUAAUGAAUUUUGCCGAUUGGCGUAUAUCUCAUGCGCUGUCGCAUCAUAUCUAUACGAAUUCUUUAUAUGAUUUGGAAAUGACCCUUCCCGAACCAUAUCUAUGUUGGAUACCCAGUAAGGAGGUGGCAACUAAGACAUGGCGCAUUAUUUCCAUAUUUCUUCAACCCGUGGUUUAUGCUCUGCUAUUUUUUGCCAGCUUUUCACAAAGGGUAUUCCGAUCGAUUGUAAACAAAAACGAACUCUAUUGGCAUGACAUAAUUGGCUUCAGCUUACCGGCCCUAAUGUGGUUGUGUUCUCCAUUAUCAGCGGCCGAGGUGCUCCUUAAAUGGUGCCGUAUUAUAAUGUUUGCCAGUUUUAUUUUCAGUUUAAUUAGUUUCAAUGGCGCCCAUCAUGUCUCAGAUAAUUAUCAUGAUGGAGAUGCCUUGCCUUCACAACUCGAUUGGGGUCUCUAUCAAUUGACAACGAUCACAGAUCGCAGCGACAUUAAGGGCAAUCACUUUUGGGCUCUAACACAUUUCGGAGAUCACAUUUUGCAUCAUUUUUUCCCAACCCUGGAUCAUGGUAUGCUGUCGCAAUUGUAUCCGAUUCUGCAGAGUACUCUGGAAGAGGUCAAUGGUUCUGAACCGAGAGAGCUUUCAUUUGUGCAGCACAUAAUCGAACAAAAUAAACAGCUGCUAAGAAUGGAACCGAAUCCGCGGGGACAUUUUUAAGAGGAAAAUAUUAAAAAAAAAAUAAAGGAAACAAUUAU